AUCUAUAUAAAUAGCUUUACAAGGAGGAUUUGAUAUUAGAGCACAGCGAUUGUAUUGUUGCGAAAGCCGCGAAUCGGACAGUGCUGGGUCGCUGAGCUGCAGUUUUGGCGUGCCUCUUGCGUUUAAAAUUUGAUUGAAACUUGGACUGUAAAUAUAUGUAUAUAUCAAAGUGUAUAUUGUGAUAUCUGCAAAUAGCACUGUUUGCAAUGAAAAGUGGAGCAAGUCAAACUACAAGUGGUAGUUCUACAAAGCCACCUGGGAAUGCUUCCACACACCAAGUCAAAGCACAGCCAACAGCUGAGCAGAUUAGAUAUGCAAAACUGGCACAGUUCACAGAGCAUGAGGAUGCCAUCCUGCAAGAAAAAAUAAAGCAGGUCUGUGAAAUCACGGGAAAGCCAGCAGACAUUGCUUCAGUUGCCCUUCAUGAAAACAACUAUGAUGUGUCACAAGCAAUACAAAAUAUCUUUGAUGGGCAGUAUGAAGUGGUUGAUACUGAAUGGAAGACAAAAUCAGCAAAGAAGAGGAAAGCAGUCAUCCCUGGGGUUGAGAAGAUUACAAAUGACGAGGAAGUGAACGAGAACCAUGUGGAAGAAGAAGACGAAGAAAAGACAAUAACUAAGCCUGGAAAACCAGCUCGAAGUGGAAGAAGAGGAGGUCGGGCAAAGCGGUCAGAAGAAAAAGCAGAAGAAAAACCAGCUGAGUCGAAUCAUUUGAAAGAAAGAGAUGGAAGACACCUGGAUGGCAGCGACCGAGCCAAAUCAUUUGAAAGAGGAAAGGGGAGGCCAAGGGGUAGAGGAAGAGGGGGUGCUCAAAGGGGAGAAAGCAGCAGACGAGGUGGAUUUGGAGGCAGAGGUUCAUUUGGUCCUGGCCGAGGAGCCCCGAGAGGACGUGCCAGAGGCUUUGGACGUAGGCCAAGACAAGAUCGAGAAUGGAAAGGAGCGACAUCGAAUGAAGUUACCAACGAGAAUGCUGUGGAUAACCUAAAUGAAAAGGAAUCCUGGGAUUUGGAUGAUAACAACGGUUUGGAAAGAGAGAAUAUCGAAUGGGGACUGGCAGCAGAAGCUGCUGACGCAGAGUGGUCACAUGAUGCCGAGGAAGAUGGCUUGGAAGGAGGAACAUGUGACAACGAUAGGGUAGCACCGGUAUCUGAAGACAACACGGCUAGCCUGUUUGCAAUGUCAAUGUUGCCGUCUACAUCCAAAGAAGACACUUGGUCGCACACCAAUGGGCCUGAGUCUAGCUGGAGACGGCCAUCGCCUGAACGCCAGCAGGAAGAAUCGCUUUAUCGCCCUGAACACGUUGACACAGCGGUAAUCAAGUCGCAACGAGCCCAGCCAUCGUCCAAGCCAGAUUCUUAUUCAGCGAAUGAGCACUCUAGGCCAAUAUACACGUCAUCGCACCAUAACAGUCGUUUCCCGUCGACGCACCAAAGCACGAGUUUGACGUCAUCGUUUCUAGGUCGCAACUACAACCUUGAAAGCUUAGCGAAGGCCUCAAUGCAAAAUAAUGGCGAGACAGUUGAAGGGAGCAUGCCUGCCCCAAUGAUCAGCGGUAUCCAUGAUAGCCACACGCUUGAACAAGAGCAGAUACAGCCUCCAAAGGCCCAGAGACAGGCGAAACAAAAACGGACCACAAAACAGCAGAUCCCUGCCCAACCAGUAGAAAUGCCAAAGUCAUUCAUGGAGGAGAUCGAGCAACAGCUUGGAGGUCUUGAGUUUGGCAGUGGGCCUUCAGUGAGUCCCAAAUUUGGAUCUGAGUCAAAUGCCCCAUCGUUUGGGACUUCUUCCACAAUUGUAUCGACAGUAUUCCAGCAAAGUGCCCCUGUGAGCAUUACAAGCACCAUUCAACAAGAGGCUGUACGUCACAGCGUUGCUGUUCCGGAGUCAGCAAGAAGCCUACCGGGCGUGUCCACGAUCCAGACAUCGAUUUCGACGAAAAGUGACCGGCCUAAAACACCACCCGGACUCAAGUCACUGCAAGAUCACUCGUCGCCAGGGAGACACUUCGCAUCUCAGUCGCCGCGAGAUCUCAACAGAAUGGUCCAGAUUACGGAUACCAUUGGUUUCCCUGCAAAUUCACGGCCUACGGUGCCAACUCUUCCUGUUUCAACAUCGCUAAGUGAAGAUGAUACGAUGGAAUCAUCACUAAGCAAUUCGUUCCCCGGAGCGAGAGGCGCAAUGAAUCAUGGGAUUGAAUCGGAUCAGGAUACCAGCGCCACUAAGAUGGGAAGUGACCAGCGGUCGAUUUCAAGUCAAGGGAUUAUGGGCCUCGGGGUGUCGACGAUCAACAGCCAUCUUCAGCAAAAGCCUGGCAGUGCAUUCUCGAGUGUUGCUGAUGCAUUCGUUGCCCCCAAUACAUCGAACAAAACAGCCACAAGCUUGCAGACGCCAUCAAGCACAGCCUUCACGAAGCAGAAUAUCGUCCCUGGAGUCCUGGGUUCGAAUUCACACGUCACUUACACAUCCAGUGCACUAGCAUCACAAGUGCUCAACUCCCAGCUGGCAACUAGUACAGCUACGACUCAAACUGGAGCCAGGACCCAAGCCAGUACGAGCAAAGCCUCUGCAUCUGGACAUCAUGGCAUGUGGCCUAUGAAUAUUUUACCUGGAAUGAUGCCAUCGCCUUAUACGACCUAUUCAUAUGUUGAUAUGCCUGUUAUGCCAAGAAUGCCCAUGCCUUCCUUCUAUGAUAUGGGAUACCCAGGAGCCACAAGGGAGAGUCUAGGCUCGAGUUUUCAAGCUGGAGAUUCGAAAUUUGGUCGAGAUGCGUCGUCUCCGGUCGCAUCGACAAUCAACACAGGCAACAUUCAUGCUGCUCAUGCACACCAACAAGCGGCAUUUCUAGGGGCAGCUGCAGCCCCCACCCCAUAUGGAUAUGCCUACUACCCUCCGAAUGUCAUCCCUGCGAUGUUCACAGCUCCUCCUACACAGAUGCAAGCUGGAAAAGCACACAUGGUCGGGGCACAUUAUCAGUCAGGUUACACAAGCCAACAUAGCUCGCCUGCGUAUAAUUCAGCUGGAGGCAGCCAAGAGUUUGGCAAAGGGGCAUACCACCAAACUGCUUCGCAGACAUUGCAGCAAACCAAAUCUAAUCAAGGCUCAGGCUCGCUCGGUACUACUUCAUUGACAUCUGAAAACUCUCACCAUACUGGAUUCAAAGGACCAUUCAAUCAAGAUUCAAAGGGUUACCAGCUGACCGCCACCCCACCUUCGAUUGGGAUGCAAAUGCCCCCGGCACAAAACCACAUGACUACCUACACUCCGUACAUGAUGCAACACCACACCACGCUGAUGCAGCAGGGGGGUCACGUCAGCCUGGAUGGUUCCAGUCAAGGCAGUCUGGUGGGGCAAUCAGGCCAACACCAUGGCAUUACGAGCACGCAACAAGUAAAACGAGACACCAAAGGUCAACCAUACCGCUCUUCAAUCUGGUCCGCGACUAACUAAAGAACUUAAACCUUUGUCGUCCGGAUAGCUAUGUAAGAAACCGAGGUCGGGCCUAGCUUUCACUGGACACUUCUUUCGAUUUGCAGGCUUACUGACCUUGUUCGAGUAGUUGCCUUAUCUUUCCGGAUCAAUAGAACACACAAAAGUGACCCGCACCUGGUCACUUUAGCUAUAGCGUUGUAUUAAGUGAUUGUCGUGUUUAUUUUUGAAAUUUUCAUAACCUCGAUCUGUAUUAAAGUGGCGAAAUUUAUAAAAUUAUAUCUGUCAAUGUUGUUGUAUUUAAAACAACCAGUCAAUGCCAAAGUUACGUUGUUUCCCUGUGGUUUUCAAACUUUAAAAACUUCAGUAUUCUUUCCUUCAACCAGUUACGGCAGAGUUUUUCAACCACUUUACCGUGGCACACUAGUAAGCCGUGAUAUAUCGGAAAGAAUACUUAGAUGCUAAAGAUAUUUGGCACAGUAGUGUGCCGCGGAAGACUCUCCAAUUUCACCUAAUUGGUCUGAAAAAAACAAGCCCGGGUUUCACCCUGAGUGAAUAAAAAUAUUGUUUUUCAUUGUCAAGUACUUUUUAUGUUUAUUUGAUUCUUAUUUAAGACGCUUCGAUUAGAACGACUUCAAAUUGUUAAUAAAGGCCACCGAGUUACACUUUUUCACAUUUUCUGUUGGUGGCUUGCCUCGUAAUUUUACAAUAAAAAAUGUGCCGUGGAUCAAAAAACGUUGACAAAUACUGACUUACCUAAUCAAACGGGAAAUAUUUCUUAUUUCGUUCUUGUAAAGAUGGUAUUACUUAAAACCAAAAUAUUUUUAAGCCACCAUAUCGAAAUAGUUUAACAAUUGUACAUUAAUUACAAUAGAAAAAAGGCCUAACCCUCAAUAGAUUUUUUCAAACAAUUUAAAAGGGGUCAUCUUAGACUGGGCGAAAAGAUCUUUCCACUAGGCGUUCGUCAGGGAUUUUGUAAGUAGAUUUCGCUGAAUAGGUUUUCAUAAAAGUUUAUCGGUACUAGAGAAUUUGCUUAUUUUUGUAAAAUUGAAAUUGCGAACAUGCUUU